CACAGGCCAAUCAGAACAUUGCUGGGCGGAAUAACUGUGGGCCUGGCAUUCAUGUUUGGUUGCAAAGAAAGCCGUUACCCGCUGCGUGAACUGACUUACUGCCUAGCCGAGGAGGCAUCAGGACGGAUACCACAUCCUACCACACCUCUUCUUGUCCAAGCAGCCCCCUUGACUGUUGGAUACUAUCCGGGAACUAUUUGAAAGCGAUCAACCAGAAUAUAUUCUUUCCCUUUUAAACGGAAUGGAUUUUGAAAAUACCUAACCUGGAGCGUUUGCUGUACAAGUGUUGUUAAAAGCCUGCUGGUGGAGAUUGCCAACUUUUGAGAAGGUCGCAUUAAGUCUUUCUGGAGGGAACUAACUUAAAGCCAAAAUGGAUCAAGCCAGCGGUGGGGAGGACCCAAAUAAACCCUCCAAAAAGAAAUCCAAUGAGGACGAGGGUAAAAACAAAAAGCUGAACAUACACAUAAAAACAUUGGCUGAUGAUAUGCGUGAUCGUAUUACCAGUUUCAGAAAAACAGGGAUGAAGAAGGAGAAGCUUCUUAUACAGCACCCAACAGAUCCCCUCUCUAUCCAGGCCGAACUGCCUGUUCCUCAGCCCCUUUUUGACGACCGCUCCAUGAACCUCUCAGAAAAGGAGAUCAUUGACCUCUUCGAGAAGAUGAUGGAGGACAUGAACCUGAAUGAGGAACGCAAAGCCCCUUUGCGUGGAAAGGACUUGAGCACCAAACGAGAGAUGGUGGUCCAGUACAUCUCAGCUACUGCCAAAUCUAUAACUGGGAGCAAAGUUGCGGGUGGACUAAGGAACAGCAAGCACGAGUCUACACUUUCAUCCCAAGAGUAUGUUCACGAGCUGCGUUCUGGCAUCACAGAAGAAAAGCUGCUCAAUUGCCUGGAGUCCCUCAGAGUGUCUCUCACUAGUAACCCUGUCAGUUGGGUUAACAACUUUGGUUAUGAGGGUCUUGGCCUUCUUCUCGAUGCUUUGGAGAAGCUGCUGGACAAGAAACAGCAAGAGAAUAUUGAUAAACGGAACCAGCAUAAACUUAUCCAAUGCUUGAAGGCUUUUAUGAACAAUAAGUAUGGACUGCAAAGUAUCUUGGGAGAUGAGCGGAGCCUGUUGCUGUUGGCACGAGCAAUCGACCCCAAACAGACCAACAUGAUGACCGAGAUUGUCAAAAUUCUCUCUGCUUUCUGUAUUAUUGGAGAGGAAAACAUCCUGGAUAAGAUUCUAGCUGCCAUGACAAUUGCUGCAGAGAGGAACAAUAAAGAGAGAUUUGCUCCAAUUGUGGAAGGUCUGGAGAACCACGAAGCCCAGCAGCUCCAGGUUGCUUGCAUGCAGCUGAUCAAUGCUCUGGUCACCUCCCCCGAUGACCUGGACUUCCGGAUACAUCUCCGCAAUGAGUUCUUAAGAUGUGGCCUCAAGAAGAUCCUACCUGAGCUAAAAGAGACAGAGGAGCUAGACAUCCAGCUGAAGGUGUUCAAUGAGAACAAGGAGGAGGACUCUAUCGAACUCUCCCAUCGCCUGGAUGACAUCCGCGCUGAGAUGGAUGAUAUGAAUGAAGUGUACCAUCUCCUGUCCAAUAUGGUGAAAGACACUGGCUCAGAGGCCUACUUCCUGUCAGUCCUUCAGCACCUUUUGCUCAUCAGAAAUGACUAUUACAUCAGGCCUCAGUAUUACAAGGUGAUAGAAGAAUGCGUGUCUCAGGUUGUCCUGCAUCGCAGUGGGAUGGACCCUGACUUUGGCUACAGUAAAAGAUUGGACGUGGACUUCACUCAUCUGAUUGAUCAGUGUGUGGAUAAAGCCAAAGUUGAAGAGAGUGAGCAGAAGGCUGUGGAGUACUCCAAAAAGUUUGAUGAGGAGUUCAGUGCACGGCAGGAGGCGCAGGCCGAGUCUCAAAAGAAGGAAGAGAAAAUCAAAGAGUUGGAGGGGAAGAUCAAGGCCCUGGAGUCCCAGAUUGCAGCAGGUCCAACUGCGCCUGGAGCACCACCUUCACCACCCCUACCAGGGGGUGCAGCAGCUCCACCUCCUCCCCCACCUCCUCCCCCACCUCCACCUGGUGGCUGCCCUCCCCCACCUCCUCCUCCUCUCCCCGGUCACGCUGGCAUGACACCACCACCACCACCUCCACCUCCUCCCCCAGGUGGAGGACCUCCACCUCCACCACCACCCCCCGGGUGUGGUGGUCCACCUCCUCCGCCUAUCUUCGGGGGCCCACCUGCAUUGCCUGUCAUCAAGCUGCCUUAUGGACUGCAGCCCAAGAAGACCUACAAGCCUGAAACUGUGAUGAAGAGGGUCAACUGGACCAAGAUAGUGCCUCAGGAAAUGGCAGAGAAUUGCUUCUGGAUCAAAGUCAAAGAAGAGAAGUUUGAGAAUCCUGACCUAUUUGCUCAGCUCUCCCUCUGCUUCUCGUCGCAGAGCAAAGUGAAAAAAGACGUGAAAGAUGAGACUGAUGACAGAAUGCAACAAUUCAAGAAAAAGGCAAAAGAGCUUCGCAUUCUGGAUGCAAAAACGGCACAGAAUCUUUCAAUUUUCUUGGGCUCGUUCCGCCUGCCUUAUGAAGAGAUCCGGGACAUUGUGCUGGAGGUAGACGAGGAAAGACUGAGCGAAUCACUCAUCCAGAACCUGAUAAAGAACCUGCCAGAGCAGAAAGAGCUGAAUUCGCUAGCGGAACUAAAGGGUGAAUAUGAAGAGCUAGUGGAGUCAGAGCAGUUUGGCAUUGUGAUGAGUUCAGUAAAACUCCUACGACCACGUCUGAACGGCAUUCUCUUCAAGCUGACGUUUGAGGAGCAGGUGAAUAACAUCCGGCCAGACAUCAUGAAUGUGACAUUUGCCUGCGAGGAGGUGAAGAAGAGUGAAAGUUUAAGCAAACUUCUGGAGUUGGUAUUGCUCGUUGGCAAUUACAUGAAUGCCGGCUCAAGGAAUGCCCAGACGUUUGGUUUCAACAUCAGCUUCCUCUGCAAGCUCCGAGACACUAAAUCCAUCAGUCAGAAUACAACACUUCUCAAUUUCCUCGCUGAAAAGUGUGAAGAGACAUACCAGGAGAUUUUGAGGUUUCCAGAUGAACUAGAACAUGUCGAGAGUGCCAGCAAAGUGUCUGCUGAGAUCUUAAAAAACAGUUUGACCACGAUGGAACGUCACAUUCAGAGGCUUGAGAACGACAUUGAGAACUUUCCCAAAACGGAUGACCAACAAGAUAAGUUUGUGGAAAAGAUGUUGGGCUUCUCCAAGCAUGCACGGGAGCAGUAUGACAAACUGUCGACGAUGCACAAGAACAUGCAAAAGCUUUAUGAGAGCAUAGGCAGCUAUUUUGCCUUUGACCCCCACUCGGUCAGUGUGGAGGAUUUCUUCGGAGAAUUGGCCAACUUCCGCAUACUCUUCAUGGAAGCCGUGAAGGAGAACCACAAGAAGAAGGAGAUGGAGGAGAAGAUCAAGAGAGCCAAGCUGGCGAAGGAGAAAGCAGAGCGGGAGAAGCAGGAGCGCCAGCAGAAGAAGAAGCAGCUGAUUGACAUGAACAAAGAGGGAGAUGAAACCGGUGUGAUGGAUAGCCUAAUGGAAGCUCUACAGUCUGGAGCAGCCUUCCGUGAUCGACGAAAACGAACACCACGCAAUGGUGAUCAAAGCCCUUCCAGUCCAUCGUCUCGGUGGCCGGGUGCUAACUAUGACAACCGCCGCGCAGUCCUGGAAAGGUCUCGUUCACGCCACAACACAAACCACCAAGCUCGAUGAUCGCCCGCGCCUACCACAAGACGCUAGACAAGUGCCAAAGAGGCCUGCGAGGUGGAGAACUGGAAGACAUCUGAAGGAGGGACAGACCACCAAUCACUGUAGCGCGCACGCACACAAACACACACACACACACACACACAGCAACAAGUAUGGAACAAAAAUGCAUAAAGAAUCCACACAGAACUGAAGCAUCUACAGUAUAUCACACAGACAUUUAAUUUUCAUGCUGUUCAUCUGACGCCUUACAUAUUUAUUCAACACUUUCCCAUCACUCUAAAUGUUCAUGUCCUCUCUAGAUGGUUUGGAUUUAUAAAACGAAAAAAAAAAAGUCUGCUGCUGUUUUUAAAGAAAGGUUUUCUUUGCUUGGAAAUCACUACAGUUCACAUUCAGUUUUGACACAAAGCAUGCAGUGUUUUGAUAAUAGACAUUUUGCCACACAGUAGAUUCGGCAAAGGGGCAGCAGGCCAGCUGUCCUUAAUAUGCAAGACGGGGAUUCAACACCAAUGUUGGCAAGCCAACAACCUGCUGACGUUUUCUUCAAUAAGUCUCUGAACUUUUCACGGAAAAGGAAAGGGUUGCUUAAGAUGUUUUUUUUUUUUUGUCAAUCCCUCCUUCAACCAACAUUAAGACAGUUUUUACUAGUAAAUGUACAAAGAGUCCACAUGAAUCAUUUAAUUUCAUUACAUAUCCCACAAAGCAACAAGACCCUGGCCCCUGUCUGCGCCGAUAUUUCAGAUCAUCUGACUCAUGGAUCUAGAAACUGUAAUCUUCAUUUUGACAGGAUGAAUUUUAUUUUUAGUUGUGUAAUAUCUAACCAAUGCCUUCGGGUGCUGAUCUCUGUUCCAAGGUCGCUUUUGCUGUUAACGUGAGAGACUGACACAUUUCUAAAUGCAUAUAACUGCCGAGAGGAGCUAACACGACCCUCUGACCUUUUCUGAAGUCAUACAGGUUUUCAGUGGGGGAAGGUUGAUUGUACAAAGGUAUAACAACGUUUUAUAUAUUAAUCUAUUUCAAUCGGUGUAUUUAUUUUUCUUUAUACGAAGGCUCUAAAAAGAAGUCCAGUAAUGACCUCUGUUUGGAGACCGAUGGUUAAAACGUCACUCUACUUAAAAAUCCCACAGCAAUUUUUUUUUUUUUCCCCCAUUUUCAAAAAUAUUAAACUAAAAUAAGCUCAUGUUAAACAUAGUGUCAUAUGAACACAUUUUGUUCAUAUUUUACCAUUUGAACAGACAUGUAAUUAAUAUAAAUAGGGCGAAGCUGCUUUAAAAAAAAUAACAGCUGAUAUAUUAAUGGGCAAAAUGUUUUCAGACUUAUAUGAAACACAGGAUGUAUUUUGUCCAUACCGUUCAGCAUCGAAACAAACACCUAAUGCUUGGAGUUUGUGUACAAAAUAUUUAAAACUUUGCUGUAAGCUUUGUUCCUCUGUAAGGACCCACUGUCACAGUUUCUUCACGUGAACUAUGUAUUCAUAUAUUCAUGCCUAGGGCAGCCCUGUUCCCUCACUGCCCUAAACUGUAAGCAGAUGCUACUAAAAACAACCAUUGAAUCCACAUGGAGUGAGCAUGACUAUAGUAUUAGACUAAGGGGCUCAGAAGACAAAAAUGGUGCUUGUCUUAGUAAGUGAGUCUCCAAACGCCCUCCAAUUUGCCAGCACUAAAAGCAUACUGUAAGUGACCCUUUUUACCACACCACAAGUUACUUCAGUAAUACCAUAGCUCUGCUUUAGGCUUUUUGUGUGUGUGUGUGUGUGUGUGUGUGUGUGUGUGUGUGUGUGUGUGUGUGUGUGUGUGUGUGUGCGCCAUACUAGCUCAGUAAUCGGAACAGGAACCCAGGCGGAAUAGGAUUCAGUGUGCUUGACUCCUGGGCUGAAUAGAUGGAGAUUUUUCAUUUAAACAAUCUGCCAGUGCUGCUUGUGAUGUGUCUGUUUCAUGAUGCCUCCUCUCCCUGCCUGCAUGCUUCUAAAAAUGCAAUUUUACACAUCAUCUCGGCUCAAGGUGCAUCCACAAUGCUCCGAGAAGUCUGCAUAUUUAAGAAGACAAUAAUUCUUCUGCGAACAUAAGGUUUGAGCAGUCGCACAUAGAGAGCAUAGAGAUGAGGUUUCCGCAUAAGGGAUUCUGCGUGGAUAGGAGUUUCAAGGGUGUGUUGUAUACAGCAGAGAUAGAGAUGUGCCAUCAAAGGCAGUGAUUUCCUUUUUCUAAUCCCAACUUGCCCUCUGUCCUCAACACCACCACGCCUGUACAGUUUAGUAAAGUAUUGAUUAUCAGUUCUCCAAGAAUACCAGUGUCUGCUGUGACAUUAAUUGUUGUUUUUCUGAUUGGAUACUGUACAUGCCAAAACAACCAUUGAUUUGUGGUUGACAAUUUGACUUAAAAUAUUACCUUGAUAAAAUUCAAAUCAGAUUUCUUUUUAUGUGCCAACUUUUUUUUUGUUUAGGGAAAACGCAGUUCUCCACAUACAAUGAUAGAAAAUCAUGUAUUUUUACUUUUUUUUUGUAUAUCAAAGAGAGUGCAGGUAUCUUUUUGUCAAUGUAUGCGAAAGAUUGUACAGCCAUGAAAACUAGAUUUUUUUAAAUUUUAUUUUAACUAUUGUUUAAUAGACUGAUCCAAUCAAAGUAGAUUUUGAUGCAAUUACAAAUUGAUAGUCAUGUGGUAUUUCUUAUGAAAAACACUCAAAUCUUGUAAUUUAUUUGGAGUAAAAAAACACAUUUUGUGAUGAUGCCUUUGUAGAACGUAAUAAGCUAAGAGCUAGUGUGUUAGCAAUUGUAGAAGUUUCAGAUCAUGCAUCUUUCCAGAAACAGUGAUCACUAUGAACAAUUGACAACUGCAUAGGAAAAAUGCAUCAUAAAACUUUAGGUUUGUUGCCAUUUCAAUUGAUAAAAUGGCUGAAAAGCAGUGACUGAAAAAAACAUGAACAGUAAUAUUAUUUAUAUUAAUAAAAGCAGAGCAGACAAUUUUCAAUUAUAAGAGAAACUUCUACAAUGACAACAUUCUUUAUUGUCCCUGUAAGUGAUUGUUGUAGCCCCCCUUACCAUAUUUUAGGAUACUCAUAAUUAUGUAUUUAUAUAGAAAAAUAGCAGGAGUGUUUUGGGUCAAAGAACCUGAAUUGUUCCAUUAUUUUAGUGUGGAGAAAAAGAAAAAAAAGCCUCUAUGUGUUUUAGCCAAUAAUCCCAUUGUCUUUGAGCUUGUGACUAACAAACCUGAACUGGUGAUAUGACUUUGUAACUUGUAAGAAUGAGGAGGCAGGGGUAUGAAAGAUUUAUCAAAAAAACUGUAAAAGGUGCCAUUUUGGUGGUGAUUGGUGGCAAGCGCUUUAAUUAAAAGAAACGUUUGCAAUCUAACUUACACUUAAUGACUCUGCACUUUACCUAACAAGAUAUUUCGGCUCAGGCAGAGGAAGAGUUGUUGGAGAUGUUUGAAUAUGACAUUGCCACUAACAGAGUGAACUAUUUGCAAAGUAUUUCUUUCGGUAAAUAGUUUCAGCUGCCACAUAUCCAGUUCUUUACUACUUUGUGAGUGCUUACUAUUGAUUUGUCGAAGACCAAUUGCGGUUGAAUCAACAAACAGCGCUCAUAACUAUUGACAAAUCCUGUCCGACCAUGAUGUGUUAGCUGCCAUAUCCCUGCCUACCCUCCUAGUUGUCAUUGAGUAUGUUUUAUUGUCUUAAGAAACAUUUAUAUUUGUAACAUUUUAAGUUUAUUUGUAUCCUUAAGAAAAAAACAAAAUGGUUAUGCACACUGUCCUUCCAUAGAACAUGUAUUGGAAUAUGAUACUAAAUAAUAACCACUUUGUUAUAUAAACUGAUUUCUGAAAGA